CCGGGGGCGCGGCGGGGGCAGGCGGCGGCGCUAGGAGCGUUCCAUGGCCGGCGCGGAGUGGGGCGGCUUCGAGGACAAUCUGCAGGGAGGAGGCUCCGCCGUGAUCGACAUGGAGAACAUGGACGACACGUCUGGCUCCAGCUUCGAGGACAUGGGCGAGAUGCACCAACGCAUGAAGGAGGAGGAGGAGGAGGACGUGGAUGCGGAAGCUGCUGCGGUAGACGAGGAGGAUGGAGAGUUUCUGGGCAUGAAGGGUUUUAAGGGCCAGCUGGGCCGACAAGUAGCUGACCAGAUGUGGCAGGCAGGUAAGAGACAAGCCUCGAAGGCCUUCAGUCUCUAUGCCAACAUUGAUAUUCUCAGACCCUACUUUGAUGUGGAACCCAUCCAAGUUCGGAACAGAUUGCUGGAGUCCAUGAUCCCCAUGAAGAUGAUUAAUUUUCCCCAGAAGAUUGCAGGUGAGCUCUACGGCCCCCUCAUGCUGGUCUUCACAUUGGUGGCCAUCCUGUUGCAUGGGAUGAAGACCUCAGACACCAUCAUUAGGGAAGGCACGCUGAUGGGCACAGCAAUUGGCACUUGCUUCGGUUACUGGCUGGGCGUCUCCUCCUUCAUCUAUUUCCUGGCAUACCUGUGCAAUGCCCAGAUCACCAUGGUGCAGAUGCUGUCACUGCUGGGCUAUGGUCUCUUUGGACACUGCAUCACCCUCUUUGUUACCUAUAAUAUCCACUUCCACUCCCUCUUCUAUAUUUUCUGGCUGGUGAUCGGCGGCCUCUCCACACUACGAAUGGUUGCUGUGUUGGUGUCACGCACAGUAGGACAUACCCAGCGGCUCAUCCUGUGUGGAACCCUGGCUGCUCUGCACAUGCUUUUCCUCCUCUAUCUGCACUUUGCCUAUCACAAGGUGGUGGAAGGUAUCCUGGACACAUUAGAAGGACCCAACGUCCCCCCCUUUCAGAGAGUUGCCAGAGACAUCCCUGUUGUUGCCUCUGCUGUACUGAACACAACAGCCAAAGCCAUCGCACUGACCCUGUAGCCUCAUGGACUCUGACUCACUGCUCUCACCUCUUCUGGGGCCAUUAGGUCAUAACCACCUGCUGUUACCUGGGAAAGGACAAAAGAGCAGGACUUGGUUUCUCUGCACCUUUUUUGGGGAGCUGAGUGCAGGGCUCCCUCUCAUGUCUCAAAGGAACUCAGCUCUUCCCAGCCUGCACCUGUGCUGGUCAGAGCUGUCCUCAGCUUCCUGCACACUUAGCUGGGAUUUUAUAGCUCUUUUGUUCCUGUCCCAACCCUUCUGCUUGCUCUUGUAACUCCCAGCCUAUGUGCUCUGCUCCCCUCCUAAAGAGGGAAGAAUUAAAUGGAUGUUAGUGCUGAGUGAUGUCUUAUGUUAGAACCUGCUCAUGCAGGGGAGAGAAGGAAAAGUUUUGGUGGGUCCCAUCUGAUCUUUCCCUCUCCCCUCCCAGUGCUGAACAGGAUUAUGCAUUGCAGUCUGUUCCCCGGGCCUUUAUCCAGUGCAUUUUUAAAUGUCCUGUGAGAGGGCUCCCCUUGAGCAACUAUUCAAUAACUCAAAAGACCCUUCAUCAUUAGCAAAGGUGCCCUGAAAUCAGCUGGAACGUUGCACUGCUUAACUAAACCCCUUUCCUCCUUAGCAUGUCCCACACACAAUUCUUCUCCAUAUCCAGUAGGUGUAGGCUUAUUCUCACCUUGCUUCCCCUCUUGGUGCUAUUUGUCAGAGCCAGACUGACCAAGCUGUUACGGUCUUGGCCAUGGAAUUCCAUCCCUUCACCUCCACGAUCCCUCUGUUGCACUUGUCACCUCCCCCUGCUUUAUUGUUCUAUGUGACAGGGCUUCCCCCACCUAUCCCACUAGCAACUGCACUACUUGAGCCUGCUCAUAGCUGUGGCAGAGGUGUUUAUUUACCACCUUCUAGAUGAACCUACUAUAGGAUGGUGCACAAUUGAUUGGAAAACCACACCAUUAUCAGUGGCUCACAAUCAAGCUGGUGGGGCAUCUCAAGUGGGGUCCUGCAGGGAUCUGUCCUGCAUCUGGUUCUAUUCAAUACCUUCAUAAAUUACUUGGAUAAUGGCAGAGAGAGUACACUUAUCAAGCUGGGAGGGGUUGCAAGCAGUUUAGAGGACAGGAUCAGCAUUCAAAGUGGUCUUGACAAAACAGGAGAAAUAAUCUGACUUAGGGACAAAUGCAGAAUACUAUAGUUAGGAAGGACUAAUCAGUUGCACAAAUAUAAAAUAGGAAAGGACAGCCUAGGAAGGAGUACUGCAGAAAAGGAUAUAGGCAUUAUAGGAAAUCAAACUAAAUGAAUCAAAGUAAUACUGUUAA